AUGAUAAAUUAUUACGUAAUUAUCAUAUUGAAUUUGAAAUCACAAUAUGGUUUCCAUAUUAAAACAAAUGAACUUGAAGAAGACAGAAACAAACUAAAAAGAAUCUGUGAUGAAAUUGCAUUUGAAAUGUCGUUAAAUAUACCAACAUGGAGCCGUAGAUUAUGUUCAUUGCUAUUACUGUUGCUCGUUAUUUUGUUUUCAUUGGCAAUGCCAAUUGAUUGCAUUGUAAGGGCUUCCAUGACUCCGAAUGAUGCUCUGAAUAUGUUUAUUGUGUUUGGUGCAUUAAUAGUAAUUGCAGUUAUGAGUGUGGUACUUGGUGUUGGUAGGAUAUUAGUUUUCAGGUCGUGUAUGCAGGAAAUACCAAAACGUUACAUUCCAAUAACGGAUCGAGAUAUACCUAAUAAGGAGUGUCGAGAUCAAAUAAACAAGUUUCUUAAAUUUACUCAUGACUUCAGGAGGAAAUUCUCAAAGCCGGUUGAGAUGGUUGUGCAUGAUGGUCUGGAACCGCCUAAGAGCCUUAAUGCUGUGCAUGAUAACAAGAUUCCGCCGUUGGUUAAUUACCAAACCUGUGUCAAGAUUAUUGCUGAUAGACUAAAGUUUCAGGGUAUAUUCAUCAAUAAUGCGGAGUUAGAUAUAAAUCUUGGAACUACUUUUGCCCAACAAGUCCAUGCUCAUUUUCCAUCCACCGGGGAACAUACAAAGUUGGCCGAGAAAUACAUCGAUUUAUAUGAGACCAUAAGGUACCAAGGAAAACCUGUUACUAGGGCGAAUUUUAUAGACUUCAUGGAAUUGACCCUUUUUUUUAGUGAUUUAUUACCUAGUGCUGAGAAGGAAGUUGAUCGUGGACGAACAGAUGGCAUACUCCCAUUUAUACACUCCACAAUGUCUCAAAGCGACGCUUCAUACUCUGCAUCCUCUUCAGGUUUUAGAUUAAAUGAAGAACUUGUAAAUUUGCGUUCAUGGACUCCUUCUUUGGCUUCACCAAGCAAAAGUUCAACAGCUAUUCAUUUAAUGUCUUCUCAGAAAGAAAAGAAAUCAUCAAGUACUAAUAACUCUACCAUCGACGACUACUAUUCAUCGACUACUGACAGUUUUAACUCAGUAGUAAGAAGAUAA